AAGACGCUGCAUGCAAUUGAGACACUUCUGCUCUGUGCCUGAUGUCCAUCAGAUUCCGUGCUUUUAAAAGGAUUCACCACAAUGUGUCAGUGAUUCUGAGAGGAGAUUCACUCAGAACUAUGGAGGACAGAUGGAGUCAGAUGGAGGAACAUCAUCUGAUGAGUGGGAGAGAAGAAGGAACCGUCCAAUAUGAAGCAUAAAUUACUUAGGAGCCAAGAGGGAACUGAUCAUCAACAAACAUCAAGCAACAGGAUCCAAGACAACUCUGGGACAACUGCAGGAAAAGCAGAUCUGCUUCUCCUGUUUGGACUGGUUCCUCUUCCUGCAUGGAUCAACUUUGACCUGACCACUGACCUUUGACCACUGAGUGACUUUUCUUUUGGUGGAACUGGUGCAACCAAAUCCGGGACUCUUGUUGAACACAGAGACUCUCUACUCACAGAGUAGAAUGUUCUGGAAACUGGCCUUACCUGCCAUUCUGGCCUGCACCCUCUGUGCAUCCAUGGAAACCAAGAAGCCCCGUCCAAGAGGCUCCAUCCCGUCCCCUUACAAGCUCAAAGGUAAUGAGCUGCUUUCUUCAUCCUCCAUCACCCACUCAUCUCUGCCUGAGCAACCUCCCUCCAAACGGCACAAAGGCAAACAGGAAAUGCUGCUGUCGAGUCAGGAGGCACUGGUGGUGACUGAGAGAAAGUACCUAAAGAGUGACUGGUGUAAGACCCAACCACUGAGGCAGACUGUUAGCCUGGAAGGAUGCGUGAGCCAAACCAUCAUCAACCACUUCUGUUACGGCCAGUGCAAUUCUUUUUACAUCCCACGCCAUCUGGCCCCCGGAAACGGACGUCAUGGCCGCAAGCGGGCGGCAAAAUCCAACCACGGUGCCUCCUUCCAGUCCUGCGCUUUCUGCAAACCUCACCGGAUCUCCACGCUAACCGUACGGCUUCACUGUCCAAGCUUACAGCCACCGUACCGGCAUCGGAAGGUCCAGCGCAUUAAGGAGUGCAGGUGCAUGUCGGUUAGCGUCAAUGACACCCACUGACCAAAAGGAGGGUCGUGUCAAAUGGUUCUCGAUACACCAAACAAACUGAGCCUGUUGUUACUGUAGUGAAUGGACAUGCUAUAGCUUAAAACAUGUCUAAGAGAUGCACCAAAGAUACCUUGAACUGAAAUGGAUGUAAUUCAGUCAGGAAAUGGAUUUGAAGAAUGGACGAGAAGACGCAAUAUUUACACUCAGUAAGAAUGAUUACGCGUAAUGAGGCGUUAACAGUUUGUAAAAACAUUUACAUUUACAUCAUUUGCUAGACGCCCUUAUCCAGAGCGACUUACAUUAUCUCAUUUUUACAUAGCUGAACAAUUGAGGGUUAUGAGCCUUGCUCAGGGGCCCAACAGUGGCAGCUUGGCAGACCUGGGAUUGAACUCACAACCUUCCAAUUGGUAGCCCAACACCUUAACCACUAGGCUACCAUAUGACCCCAAAAAACAUUACUGUAGCAGAUGCUGUGGUCUCAAGCGACUUACACCAGAGCUGAGAAGAGUAAGAGUUUUGUUCAAGGAUCCAAACGUUCAACAUGGAUACAACCUUCCAAUCAGUAGUCAUAACUCCUGAGCUUUAGUCCUUACAACCAGCUUGGACAAUUUAGCACUGAUUGUUUACUGGUGUCAUGGUAAAUCCUAAAAUUUGGUGAAGUACAUUAUCUGACUUUGGGAUUUCAAGAUUUCAAGUUAUUGAUACAUAUAAACCCCAAAAAAAUAGCUCGGAUCUGCCGGUCGUACCACUUCCUGGUCAUGUGAACUCACCUUGUUCAUCUUAUAUUAGUGCUACAUAUUUUCUAAUCAAUUCAAACCAACAGAAGUCAGGUCAAGGCUCUUAGCAAACUGAUGUCACAGCAUCAUAACAUCUGUACUUUGGCGACAUAAAUAAAUGUUAUAAACGUACGGAUUUCACGAUACAGGGUCCCGACGGACAUACUGUAGCUGUGUAACUGAAAACGCCUGGACAAGACCCUGUCCGUCAUACCACUACUUGGCACCUUGAACUGAUUCUGGGGCCUGACUGUCAAUGUGAAUAUUGUGCACCAAUAUGAUCUAUCAGACAUUUUAAAAAUAAAUAAAUAAAUAAAUAAAAUGACAGUUGCUGAAAAAAUAAUAGCAAUACUGGUACACAUAUAUCUUGGAGUUUAUUAUAGUUAUUAUUUACUACAAAGUACAAAUAUAUUCAUAAAUCUUUAUAUAAUACAUCUGUCAUUGUAUUUUGUACAAAGAACUGUAUGUAAAAACAAGUAAAAACAA